AUCACAUGACGGUCCGAGUUUAGUAUUUUAUUGCCUUAUUUGGGCAAACUUCCCUCCGUACACUCAAAGGGACCUUGUCCAUAAUUACCGGUCCUCCUGUGGUAUUACCGUAAUAUGGACCCGCGGAAUAAGCAUCUGCAGUAUCUUGUUUGCUAUUGUAUUAAAGGACUUUAUUUUUGCAAUUUUUAAAGAUCCGUUUCAUAUUUUGCAGUACACCCUUGUUUGUAUUAAGAUUCUCAUUUUAUUCGCAGUAGAAUAAUAAAUUCACUUCUCAUUUUCGAUAUUUCUUAAACUUCUAUUUAAUCCACUCUUUUUAUACUUAGCAUCUGCGGGAAAAAUAAAAUCAAUAUCGGCUACUUGCUUUUCUCACAAUAUUCCCACAUUUUACUAUAAGCUCCGAUAGUUCUUUGAUAUUCCAGAAGUCAAAACGCAAUGAUAUGCAUUAUUUGUAAGUUUAAUAUGUUUGUCUUUUAUUCACCUCCAUAUUUAGUCAAGACUUCUAACUUUCGAAUGCUUGACGCGAUAGCAGCACCCUAGCGACGUAUUAUUUAUUUCAAGUAAUUGUCUAUUCCUGGGGAUUAUCAUUAGAAUUAGCAUGACAUCAGCUGGCUACACACACAAUUCAAUAUUGUUGUCACGGCGCAACCCGCAACGAACUGUGUUGCCUAUCUAUCUAAAAACUGCGGCUUUUGGUUUAUAAACCAUGUAAGGAUAUAAUUUCGUAAUGAAUUAAAGUCAAAGUAUUGUAUUUUUGUGCGUGAAGAUUCUCGUAUAUUUUCAGCUAGCAUUAUUUAUUGUUCAUUAAUAAUAAUUAUGUCAGAUCGUUAAGCAAGCCUCGCCAUUCCGUGCGAGACAGUCACGUCUACGUCACGAAUUGUUUUAAGUGAGAAUUGGGGGUUUAGCAGUGCCGUCCUGGUCACGCAAAGCACUUUUAAUUAUUCACGCGCCAUUGUGAUCAAUCACCCAUGUGUGUCCACGACACGGCCAUAAAUACCACACCUGUGCUCUCGAGUCAUCACUCCACGAGCUCCAAGUGACGCUGCAUCAAGUCUCCGCGUAGAAGUAAACUGAACAUUAAGAAAAUAUGGAUGACGAAGUUGCUGCCCUCGUUGUCGAUAAUGGCUCCGGUAUGUGCAAGGCCGGUUUCGCCGGAGACGAUGCUCCCCGUGCCGUUUUCCCCUCCAUCGUCGGCCGACCUCGCCACCAAGGCGUUAUGGUCGGUAUGGGCCAGAAAGACUCCUAUGUCGGAGACGAGGCCCAGAGCAAGAGAGGUAUUCUCACUCUGAAAUACCCCAUCGAACACGGGAUCGUCACUAACUGGGACGAUAUGGAGAAGAUCUGGCAUCACACAUUCUACAACGAGCUUCGCGUUGCUCCCGAAGAGCACCCUGUUCUCCUGACAGAAGCUCCCCUCAACCCCAAAGCCAACAGAGAAAAGAUGACACAGAUCAUGUUCGAGACCUUCAACAGCCCCGCCAUGUACGUCGCUAUCCAGGCCGUACUCUCCCUGUACGCUUCUGGCCGUACCACCGGUAUUGUGAUGGACUCUGGUGAUGGUGUCACCCACACCGUGCCCAUCUACGAGGGUUACGCUCUGCCCCACGCCAUCGUCCGUCUGGAUUUGGCUGGCCGUGACCUGACCGACUAUUUGAUGAAGAUCCUGACAGAGCGUGGCUACUCUUUCACCACCACCGCUGAGCGUGAGAUUGUCCGUGACAUCAAGGAGAAGCUCUGCUACGUUGCUCUAGAUUUCGAACAAGAAAUGCAGACCGCUGCCUCAAGCUCCAGCCUUGAGAAGAGUUACGAGUUGCCUGAUGGACAGGUCAUCACCAUUGGCAACGAGCGCUUCAGGUGCCCCGAGGCUAUGUUCCAGCCUUCCUUCCUGGGUAUGGAAGCCGCUGGUAUCCAUGAGACCACCUACAACUCCAUCAUGAAGUGCGACGUCGACAUCCGUAAAGAUUUGUAUGCUAACACUGUCCUGUCUGGAGGCUCAACCAUGUACCCAGGCAUCGCCGACCGCAUGCAAAAAGAAAUUACUGCCCUCGCUCCCCCGACCAUGAAAAUCAAGAUCAUCGCUCCACCAGAGAGGAAAUACUCCGUCUGGAUCGGAGGCUCCAUCCUCGCCUCCCUGUCCACCUUCCAACAGAUGUGGAUCUCCAAGCAGGAAUACGACGAGUCUGGUCCUUCCAUCGUCCACAGGAAGUGCUUCUAGGCUCAAAAUUUUUCAAUUUGGAUUUGUCGAAAUAGUCGCACAAUUUGAGCUGAAGUGACAAUUAACAAUUUAAUGUUCUUCAUUUCAAAUUUCCCCAUUUCCCUUAGGGUUUUCCCGUUCUUAGUUACAACACAGUGUACUUUGAACCCGCAAUGCACUUUGUGUUGCAUUUUUAUAGUUGAAUAAAAAAUGGAAAAACGUU